GUCGCUCACUAUAUUCGCAUAGUCGUCACAUGCUGCGAGCGUCCUUGAGAGUUGACGAUCUUGCCUCGUCCUAAAAUUGCCCCAUUCAAAAUUCUUAACAAGAUUUUUGGUCAAAGGACUACGCCAACCCAGAGAUGCCAAGCUAUUUCGGUAUGGCGAAUGACACACAUCCAACGAAUGCAAAUGACACAAAAGUCCUUCCUGACCAGAACUCAGUUACCACAAAGCUGCUAUAUCCCACUGGCCUGAAAAUUGGCAUGACCCUUGCAUACGCUGUGAUUUUUGUCUUCGCAUUACUCGGCAACUCCUUCGGGUUGUUUGUGGUACUCAAGAAAUCAUCGCCCGUCGGCAGAAUCACGAGCCUAUUCAUCGCUAAUAUGGCCGCGGCAGAUCUCUUGCUAACAUGUACGGUGAUGCCAUAUCAGGUUGCUUAUUUUUACAGAGGAGGAACGUGGUUCGGAGGAGCAUUUGGUACCGCAACUUGUAAACUUUUUUCCUACGUUGUCACUGUUUCCAUAGCAGCAACGGUCUUAACAAUGUUAGUUAUCUCGAUUGAUAGAUUCCAUGCAAUAUUCUAUCCACUAAAAAGAAGAUUAUUUCGAAAACCAAAGAUCUUAUCGACCAUAGUUUGGUUGUUAUCACUUAUAUUGAUGAUUCCAUACCCUCUUUAUUCUGUUGUCGAAUUAAACACAGGACAAAACGCAUACAAGUGUUCCCAGCUUUCAUCAAAAACAGACCAAGACGUUAUUAAGAUCUUCCAUGUUUGUCUUUUUACUACCCUUUAUGCAUUACCUCUUUUCUUUUUGGUUUUGCUUCAUCUUUUGAUCUGCCGAAAGUUGUGGCUUCGCAAAAUCCCAGGAAACGUGUCGCGUGACAGUCGAACUGCUGCUGACAGAUCUAAACGCAAGAUUGCGCGGUUGUUGAUCAUAAUUGUCGUACUGUUUGCGCUCUGUUGGUUUCCAACGUAUGUCAAUCACUACUUUUGGUUCAUCCGCCAAGAAUCCAAGCUACCUAUUGGGUUCGAGUUCUUUUUCUUGUGGUUAGCGCACGCAAACAGCGCCAUAAAUCCAUGCCUUUACAUAAUGUUUAAUGAUCAUCUUCGUUCUACACUGAUUUCCACUCUAAAAUCAUGUUUUUGCCGAAGAUGUCCCUGUUUUAAACAAGCUUAUCGACCGAUUGUUCGUCUGUACCAAGCGAAAAAGACAACCGUGGUAUAACAAAUAUGGAUUUAGUUCCGCUUAUCGAACCCUCCUGUGAUUAAGACGAAUUUAAUUCAGCCCAACUGUCAUAAAGUACUGUGGCUUUAACAGCACUUAAAAAAAAUUCGUUUGCCUUUGUAACUGCCCUAUGGGAGGGGAAUAUCAAAACGGCCACUCAACAUGGCUAAAAGUUGAUCUACUAAAGCUGACAUGAGCCAGUUUCUUAAGUAAUACUGUUGAGAAAAAAAGAUGAUAAUCAAAAACAAUUUCGCGGUUUCUUGAGGGGACUCUUCGUUAUAUGCCCUACGAAGCUGGACAAGUUUUAUGAUAAUGAUGUACGUACGUGUAUUAGCUU